CUCCGCCUCCACCGCCGCGCCCGCUGGGGCGAGGCGAGGCGAGGCGAGGCGGGGCCCCGAGGCCGGCCGGGGUUCAUCGGGCGGCCGGGAGCAGCGGGGCGGCAGCGCCGGGCGCGCUCUCUCCGAGGGGACCCGGGCGAGGGCGCAGUUUCUCUCUGGACGCCUGCAGCAGCCGAAACGUGCUUUGAAUUCACAGCUGAGGACGGCACAGGUCAUCAGUGAGAAGUGGAGAAAUGGCUAAACUUACCCAGCUAAUUGACAAUGAAGUCUUCCGUGCUUAUGCUACCUAUGCAACUAUUGUUCUCCUAAAAAUGAUGCUAAUGAGUCUUAUAACUGCAUACUUCAGAAUCACAAGAAAGGCAUUUGUUAACCCAGAAGAUACAGCAUCAUUUGGUAAAGGCGAGAGUGCCAAAAAAUACCUGCGGACUGAUGCAGAUGUUGAACGCGUACGCAGAGGCCACCUGAAUGACCUUGAAAAUAUUGUCCCAUUUCUUGGCAUUGGACUGCUGUAUGCUCUUAGUGGCUCUGAUCUGUCCACAGCCUUGCUGCAUUUUAGGAUCUUCGUUGGAGCUAGGAUCACUCACACUCUUGCAUAUUUGAUCCCUCUUCCCCAGCCUGCCAGAGGUUUGUCUUGGGUAGUUGGGUAUGCUGUUACCAUCUCAAUGGCAUACAAAGUGCUGAAGACAGCGUUGUACCUGUAACUGAGUUAUAGCUUCUGUGUAUCAUUUGACAUUCCAUGCAAAGUUUCCAGUGGUGUGUGUUGAUGUCUUGAAUGAGCCAACAUGAGUUUUACAGGGUGAUGAGAAUUAAUUUUUUUAACAGAGGCUUUUCAUUCCUGGUUAGAAAUACUUAUUUUUGGAGGAAAAAAAAGUCCCUCUCUGCAUUCUUGGUUGCAUUGCCAAAAUGUUAGAUUGAAUGUUCUCUUUGCUAUUUGUCAAGUGCUUAUAAUUCUAAACAUACGAUGAUGCUGUAUUGAUAGCAUGUGUGGUAAUUUUCUACAGAUGCUCUAUUUUUGGCUGUAGCUCUGAAGUCUAAAUCAAUAAAGAUAAGAUGAAAAAAAGUG